AUGGAUAAACCAACGUCGAUUGUCAGCCCAAAGGCUGACCCGUCUGCGAUGGCUGUGACUUCUGCAUCGGCGGCUGCAUCGUUCUCGCAGGAACAGCAAGAAGCACAGACGGCGGAGUCCGAGGCGAACAUCUUCCUUGCUGCCCAGCGAGGAGAUGUGCAUACCAUACGAGAACUCAUCGAGUCAGGCAAGGCGACGGCGGCUGACCGCGACGAGCAGAACAUAUCCCCGCUGCACUGGGCGGCCAUUAACGCGCAGGUCGCAGCAUGCCGUUAUCUGCUCGAACAGGGUGCGGAAGUCGAUGCACUCGGUGGCGACCUCGUUGCGACGCCGAUGCAAUGGGCUGCUCGCAAUGGGUACCUUUAUGUCAUCCAACUCCUCAUUGCCCAUAAUGCAGAUCCGAACAUUACAGAUGCUCAGGGCUACAACACGCUUCAUCUCGUCACCCAUUCAUCUUCUGUCAUGCCAUUGUUAUACCUCUUACACCAGCCAAUCAAUGUAGACUGCAAGGACUCGCAAGGGCAUACGUCGCUGAUGUGGGCUGCUUACCAAGGAGACGCACUCUCAGUAGACCUUCUGCUAAAGCAUGGCGCGAAUCCAAAUACCAAAGACGAUGCCGGUCUCACUCCCCUUCAUUGGGCUGUAGUCAGAGGCAACCGGGUUUGUAUUCGUCGGCUAGUAGAGAGUGGCGCAGACAUGGCUGCUAAGGACGGAGAAGGUAGAACUGCUCGGGACAUGGCAGUAGAGCUUAAGAGCCUCGGAGCAUGGAAGCGCGCGUUGGAAGAAGGGGGUAUGAAUGAAGACGGCGCCAAGAAGACGAAACCUCUCAGCGAGCGUAACACUAAAAUCGCGAUUUUCAUACUUCCAACGUUGUUCCUCUUCCUGAUGUUCAUGACAUUGACGAUUCUACCGUGGUACACGGGCAUUAUUCUUGCAUUUGCGCUAUUCUUCGGAAUGCACCAUAUAGUCACCCGUGUUUUGCUAGACAAGUCUAAUUACACAGACAGUGUGACACAAAGUCCAUACUUCGCAGGCAUCAUCACCGGCUCCGUGGUAUGGGUUGCUUACUGCUGGGUUACUCGGCUAGUAAACCAGACGCAAUCACAUGCCUUUACUCACCUCUUGUUCGCAAUCUCCCUCGGAUUGUGUGGCUACAAUUUCUUCAGAUCUAUCAGCUUGGACCCGGGCAUGUGUCCGAAACCAGCAAAUGAUGCUGAGCUGAAGGCUAUCAUCGAGGACCUGGCAUCCGAAGGCCGACUCAACGGUCAAACGUUCUGCAUUCAAUGCAUGGCCCGGAAACCCCUUCGGUCAAAGCAUUGUCGCACUUGCGAUCGCUGUGUCGCUCGACACGACCAUCAUUGCCCAUGGGUGUGGAAUUGCAUUGGAGUGAAUAAUCACCGGCAAUUCCUUCUCUUCGUGACCGACCUCGUCAUCGGUAUCGUUCUUUUCGACUACCUGACUGCUGCUUACUUUUCUUCCACGGUACCUACGCCGGUCGAUCCCAGCACAGUAUCUCCCGUCUGCAUGCUUCCCGCCACACUCUGUGCAGUUACAGCGUUCGACGCAUUCCUCUUCUCCGUCGCCUGCUGGGCAACUCUGCAGCUAUCCUGGACAUUGGUGCUGCUCGUGAGUCAAUUCUGGCAGGUGGCACGGCAGAUGACGACCUUCGAGGUAUCAAACCUCGGGAGGUACGGCUUCAUGGGCGGUCGGGGCGGCGCGAGCCUCAGCUCGCAGAUGGGUCACCAGCACCACCGACACGCGCAGGGCGCCUCGGACAGCGAGAGCGUCGGCGAGGGCGCCGCGGGCGGCGCACACCACGCGCACAGCCACGGCAUCUGCGCGGGCUGCGGGAGCGGGUUUCUCAUGAACAUCCUUGGCUUCGACCGCUUCACUAAGGGCAAAGCUGCGGACGGCCUCGCACGUGCGGCGAAGGCGCCCAACCCGUUCGACCUUGGCAUCAUCGGGAAUUGCAAGGACUUUUGGACGUCGGGCCGCGAGCUCGGCGUGGACUACGAACGGGUGUACGACGUACCGCCGGAAGGGUUCGCGGAGGCGAAGCGGCGGCGGCAGCGGGAAGAGGGCGACGACCUGCACCCGGGAGAGGGCGGCCGAAAAUCUCUGAGGAAGACACUGCUGAUGGGUUUCAGCCUAGGCAGAGGCGGCGGAGGCAGUCGUGCUGGUUACGAACCACUUAGCCAAGUGUAUUCUUCAUGA